AUGGCCGCUUCAGUCCAUGCGCGUGGUGUUCACUUUGUUGGAAGUAUACCUCUAUCUACCAGCGAAGAAGUAUUCACUACUUUAUCUGAAGCACUUCCUGGUCGCUUAUUUUCGAUCCCAGACGGAGAAACCGGGGACCGGUGCAACUUUAUCGGUUGGGAACGUCUUCGAUUCCCUGUGGAAACGAUCCACGAGUCCAUCGGGGGCAAGCCAUUACCCCAAGGUCACUCCGGAGUCUUUACGCUAGAUGACGUGAAGCCCAACGAUUACGACAAGGCUGCAAAAGACUCAUACCAGGACUUCCUUCGCCUUCGUCAGAAUGCUACCAUCCCGUCUAACGUUCGCUUUCAAGUGUCCAUACCGACGCCCUACGAGUGCAUUCAGGGUCAUGUACGAUCGGAAUUUCAAGCUCAGCUGGAGCCCUUUUACGAAAAACGAAUUUUUGAUGCGAUCCAAUCAAUUCUGAAGUCCAUUCCACCGGACGAUCUCGCAAUCCAAUUUGACACAUGCUUUAUGGUCACUGCUCUGGAGUAUGAGCGAGGGCGAUUGCCCGUCGACUUUUUCAAGCCGCAUUUCUCGCCUAUUCGCCAGGGUUUACUCGAACGUGCUCAGAGAUUAUGUGCCCAGCUACCAAGCGAGGUUCCCGUUGGAUGGCAUCUGUGCUACGGUGACCUAGGUCAUAAACAUUUCAUUGAGCCAGAGGAUCUGGGUCUUUUGGUGGAUUUCGCCAAUGAUUUGACCCGCUGCAUAUCCCCGAGUGCCAAUUUGAGCUGGAUUCACAUGCCUGUUCCUAAGAGCCGUGAUGAUACAGCAUACUUUGAGCCUCUGAAACGACUUGUUGCCAUUAACAAAACCAAAUUGUAUCUCGGACUGGUGCAUGCAAACGACGCGGAAGGGACAUUCCGAAGACUUCAAGCAGCCCGGGAAGUCAUUCCCACUGAGAUAGACUUUGGAGUUGCGACCGAGUGUGGUAUGGGAAGAACGCCCCAGGAAGAGCUCACGAGUAUCCUUCAAAUCUCCAGAGAUGUGACGACGGCGUUGAAUUGA